AUGUGUUCAAUUUCAACUGCAUGUAUAAAAAAAUAUUAUUUUUGUUUUCAUUUUCAAGAUUGUGUAUUGCUCUCAUUGAAUGGUCUAUCUAUGGGUACACAAUUUAGUUCGGCCACGCUGGACGAUGCCACAGUGGCUAUGAUUAAAUGUAAAACAAGAAUGAAAUCGACUGAAAUCACAGACUGGUUUAAUGAACUCAAAACACGAUGUCCAAAUGGUAAAAUGACAAAAAAAGAUAUGUUAAAAUGUUAUAAAGAUUUAAGUUCAUGUGACAUGGACAAAGUUGAACAUGUUGUUAAUGCUAUAUAUAAAGCUUUCGAUGUAGAUAAUGAUGGUAAAGUAGAUAUCAAAGAGUUCGCUAUUGGAUUUUUAUUGACUACGAAAGGUUCGAUAGAAGAAAAACUUAAUUAUACUUUUCAACUCUAUGAUAUUGACAAGGAUGGCUUUAUUGACCAAUCUGAGAUUGAUAUUAUGGCUAAGUAUGUAUUGCGGAUGUUAGGUGGUAAUGGUAGUGAAUCCGAGUCGGUUGAAUUGCUCAAACAUUUCAUUAGUGCAUGUCACUGUAAUGAACAAGGCCUAAUAACAAAGGAAAGUUUUGUGCGAGCCUUGUCCAAAAACGAAUUACUUUGUCAACUUUUAUCUCCUUUUACGUAA